AUGAUAGCCAAUGUGCAUGAAUUCUUUGACAAGGAGAAGAGAGAAGAACAACCAAUCAUGGUUGGUAACGUCCUCAGGAGAACCUCAGAGGCACUAAAGGUAUCAGAGUGGUCUAUCUGUAAUGUCUUGAAAGAACAGCAUGUUGAAGGUGAUGUAAGCAGUCCUGCAAAGAAAGGGCGUAAACCAAGUUGUGGUCCUGCUCAACAACAAACAGAUAACUUCCUGGAAGGAGUGAUACGUCAAAGAGUGCACAGAUUUUACACGAACAGUGAGCUUCCAACAAUGAAGAGACCCCUAUUGGUGUUACGAGAUAAUGUAGACUACCCCUAUGGUAGAUCUACGCUAUACACAACAGUCAAGAAGAUGGGUUUCAGGUACAAAACACGUAACAAGAAGACAGCACUGUAUGAACAACACAGAAUCAUCGCUGCGUGUCAUGAAUACCUCAGGAAAAUUCUGACUUUCCGUUCUGAGGGCAGGCCAAUAGUCUACCUCGAUGAAACCUGGCUCAAUGCUCAUCAUACUCGUGAGCACUGUUGGAUAGACUAUGAUGGCAAAGGCGGCUUAUGUGUGCCAUCCGGAAAAGGUGGUAGAUUGAUCAUACUUCACGCAGGAUGGGAACAGGGAUGGAUUGCAGAUGCAGAGUUGGUCUUUAGAGGAAAAACUGGAACUGGAGACUACCACCAGGAGAAGAAUACAAAACACUUCAUGGAGUGGUGUGAGAAGAAGCCCAUCCCCAACUGUCCUUCUCGCUCUGUCAUCGUCCUUGACAGUGCCAAAUACCACAACAGUGUGGUAGAAAAAAUCCCUACAAAGAGCAGCACCAAGAAGGCAAUGACGGACUAUUUGGACAGUCACAAUAUCUCAUACGACAAAAAAAGGCUCAAAGCAGAAAUCUUCAUGCUUAUUAAAGCAUGUAACCCACAGAUUACGUACCUGACAGACGUUGUCACGGUCGAGAAGGGCCACCGAGUUCUUCGACUUCCAGUUGGCCAUUGCGAACUAAAUCUGACAGACCUCGUAUGGGCACAAGUGAAAGGCUAUGCUGCAGCGAACAACAAGGACUUCACAAUGGCAGUAAUUGAGAGAUUUGCCAAGGAAGGAAUCCAAAACGUGGCUGCUGAGAAGUGGAAGAAGUGCGUUGACUAUGUAAUUAGGGAAGUAAAGUUGCAUUAUAGAACCUAUGAUGGCAUUGUAGAACAAGUGGUAGAGAGGCUAGUGAUAGAAGUAAGUAACAAUGACUCCUCCAGGUCUGAAAGCGAGGAGAUCUUUGUUUCUGACUCUGAAGACGUCACAGACAACUAA